GGCCGGGGACCCAACGGCCUGGGGGCCUGCGACAACCCCGAGAAGUUCCAGUACGUGGAGAAGAGCCUCUCCUGCGCGCCCAGGUGCUCCCCCGGGGUGGACGUCUACUGGUCCCGGGAGGACAAGGACUUUGCCUUCAUCUGGAUGGCCGUCUGGUCCACCCUCUGUUUCGUCUCCACCGCCUUCACCGUCCUCACCUUCCUGCUCGACCCCCACCGCUUCCAGUACCCCGAGAGGCCCAUCAUCUUCCUCUCCAUGUGCUACAACGUCUACUCCAUGGCCUUCAUCAUCCGCUCGGUGGCAGGGGCCGAGAACAUCGCCUGCGACCGGGAGAACGGCGAGCUCUACAUCAUCCAGGAGGGGCUGGAGAGCACGGGCUGCACCAUCGUCUUCCUCAUCCUCUACUACUUCGGCAUGGCCAGCUCGCUCUGGUGGGUCAUCCUCACCCUGACCUGGUUCCUGGCCGCCGGGAAGAAGUGGGGACACGAGGCCAUCGAGGCCCACAGCAGCUACUUCCACAUGGCCGCCUGGGGCAUCCCGGCCAUGAAGACCAUCGUCAUCCUCACCAUGCGGAAGGUGGCAGGGGACGAGCUCACGGGGCUGUGCUACGUGGGGAGCAUGGACGUCAGCGCCCUGACCGGCUUCGUCCUCAUCCCCCUCUCCUGCUACCUGGUCAUCGGCACCUCUUUCAUCCUCACGGGCUUCGUCGCCCUCUUCCACAUCCGGAAGAUCAUGAAGACGGGCGGCACCAACACGGAGAAGCUGGAGAAGCUGAUGGUGAAGAUCGGGGUCUUCUCUAUCCUCUACACCGUCCCGGCCACCUGCGUCAUUGUCUGCUACUUCUACGAGCGGCUGAACGUGGAUUACUGGAACCUCAGGGCCCUGGAGCGCGGCUGCCUGCACCUCCCUGGCCGGCGUGCCGCCAACUGCUCCUUGGAGGCCUCGGUGCCCACUGUGGCCGUCUUUAUGCUAAAGAUUUUCAUGUCGCUGGUGGUGGGCAUCACCAGCGGGGUGUGGGUAUGGAGCUCCAAGACGCUGCAGACCUGGCAGAGCCUGUGCAACAGAAAGCUGGGCGUGAGGACGAGGGGCAAGCCCUGCAGCGGGGUGAGCUGCGGCGGGGUGCACUGCCACUACAAAGCCCCCACGGUCAUGCUGCACAUGACCAAGACGGACCCGUAUCUGGACAACCCGACGCACGUCUAGAGCGGGGGCUGCCCCCUCCCUGGGGACGGCCCGCCGGG